AUGGCGACCCCUACGCAGUAUCAGGACGCGGUUAACGUCCAGAGCUUGCGCACGCUCGAUGGAGUCAACUGCCAUGAAUUUUUCCAGCGCUUCUCGCGGACACCGGUCAACGUGGACUCUCUCCGCGAGAUUAUUAUGUUCCAAACCGAUGCGGAUUACACAAGCCGCUUUGAAAGGGUCGAUAUGGAUGACUGUUCCAGUAUCAUGGACAGCAGCAGAAGCCAGCCGAAGUUCGCGGAAGUGCCCGUGAUCCGCCUGUACGGUGUGACACGGGAUCAGCACAGCGUGCUGGUAAACGUGCGCAAGUUCAUGCCAUACUUCUACGUCGAAAAGCCUCAUAACUUCAGGGAGGAACACAUACCCUUGUUGAUGGACUUCUUCAACAAGCACCUGAUGGACCAGCCGGCCUUCAAGAAGACGUGCCGCUUUGUCGUGAACAUCAAAGUCGUUCGCAUUAAACCCCUCAUGACCUACCAGCCCAACGGCGAGCGCGACUUCCUGAAGAUCACAACGACGCUCCCGCGCAUGGUCGCAGCACUUCGUAGCUUCUUGGAGUCAGGGGUGGCACUGCCCGUGAUGGAUCUGCCGGGCAGCGGAAACACUAUGCGCAUUUCGUUUCCACGUCAGGUCUGCGAAGCGAACCUGCCUUAUGUCCUGAGGUUUUUGCUGGACGCUAACAUCACAGGCGGGUGCUGGUUGCAACUGCCGGAGGGAACGUUCACAGUCGAGAAAAACAAGAGCAGCCACUGCAGCAUCGAGGUUACGACCGACUUCGAGAACCUCAAGCCCAUGCCAAUAGAAGGCGAGUGGCAGUCGAUAGGACCCAUCAGGACUCUUUCGUUCGAUAUUGAGUGCGUCAAAUUCACGGGUCCCGGUUUCCCCAAUGCCAACAACGACCCCGUGAUCCAAAUUGCAUCUGUUCUCCACACCCAUGGCGACAAACUGGAUACCGCGCAGAAGUUUGUAUUCACGCUUAAUGAAUGUGACGCGCUGCACGGCGCACAUGUGCUCUGCUUUGACCGGGAGGAGGACCUGCUUUUGGCGUGGAAGCUCUUUUUCACUGCAGUGGACCCUGACUUCCUGACGGGAUACAACAUCGUGAACUUCGACAUUCCGUACCUCAUCAACCGCGCGAAUGCGCUGCAUCUGGAGAAGUUCACGCAGCUGCCGCGGAUCGCACGUAUCAACACUAGUGUGCGCGACGUCAUACAGUCCAACAACACGCUCGGCACCUACGAGAACAAGGAAAUCAACGUAGAGGGACGCAUCAUUUUCGAUGUUUACGACCUCGUGAGGAGAGACCACAAGCUCAAGUCGUACACGCUCAACUACGUUUCCUUCGAGUUCCUCAAGCAACAGAAGGAGGAUGUGCACCACUCCACGCUAUCAAAGCUGCAACUGGGCUCGCCUGCCGACAGGCGACGUAUCGCAAGCUACUGUCUGAAGGAUUCCGUUCUCCCACUACAGCUCAUCGAUAAGCUCCUGCUGCUGUAUAACUAUGUCGAGAUGGCAAGAGUAACCUUCACUCCUAUCAAGAUGCUGAUCAACCGAGGACAGCAAAUCAGAGUUACCAUGCAGAUCUACAGCCAGUGCAAACUGAUGGGGUACGCUGUACCCGUCGUCAACGCUGCACAGAGAGGAUGGUCAAAUGAAGGCACAUACGAAGGUGGAACUGUCCUUGACCCGCAGAAAGGAUACCACAGAAAUCCUAUUGCGGUGCUGGAUUUCCAGUCGCUAUACCCCUCGAUCAUGAUAGCGCACAACCUGUGCUACUCCACCAUUGUACCGCCUUCCGACAUUGCCAGGUAUUCUCCGGAUGACCUAACGUCGGUACCAGGACAUCCGGGGCUGCAUUUCAUAAAGGCGCACGUGCGCAAGGGGAUGCUUCCACUUAUUGUUGAGAAGCUAAUCGAGGCGCGCAAGAAAACCAAGGAGGAAAUGAAAACUUGUACAGAUCCCAUCUUGAAGAGCGUUCUCGACGGCAGGCAGCUGGCGUUGAAGAUCACAACGAAUUCCGUGUACGGAUACACCGGUGCCUCCACAAGUGGCUUCCUCCCCUGUGUGGAAGUCGCCACGGCGAUCACAUCGUUCGGUCGUUUCAUGAUCGUCAACACGAAGGAGAAGAUUGAAAAGUACUUCACGCUAGCCAAUGGCUACGAGGCCGACGCGAAGGUCGUCUACGGUGAUACCGAUUCCGUCAUGAUCAACUUCGGAUGCAAAGAGAUAUCGCGAGCCAUCGAGCUUGGUGUAGAAGCCGCCACCAAGGUUACCAGUGAGGCCGUAAAACCAAUCACGCUCGUUUUCGAGAAAGUGUACCUGCCGCUGCUGCUUCUGGCCAAGAAGCGUUACGCUGGCCUGUAUUACACAAAUGCGAAAACGUACGACAAAAUCGACUGCAAGGGCAUUGAAACCGUCAGGCGUGAUUUCUGCCUCCUCGUCCAACAGAUGAUGGAAAAAAUCCUGCACAUGCUGCUGGUCGACCUUGACCUGAACGGUGCGAUCGAGUUCGUCAAGAGCAAGAUCAGCCAACUUCUGCGCAACGAAAUCGACAUAAGUCUUCUGGUUGUCACCAAGUCACUUGGAAAGGUGGAUUACGAUGCGCGCUUGCCGCACGUAGAGCUUGCUAAAAAGCUCCGCAACCGUGACCCCGGCAAGGCGCCAUCCGUGGGAGACCGUGUCAGCUACCUCAUUGUAAAAGGCACCAAGGGGCAACCUCAGUUUGACAGAGCGGAAGAGCCGCUGUAUGUAGUUGAGAACAACAUUCCCGUGGAUACUCAGCACUACUUGGACGCGAUCAAGUCGACCCUUAUGCGUAUAUUCGAGGUUAUCAUGCCCAACCCGGAAUCGCUAUUCAGUGGGGAACACACUCGCUACAUCACCAUGAGCUCCUCAUGCGACAGCGCGCUCUCAAUGUUCAUGAAGAAGGUCGAGCGGUGCCUCGGUUGCAAAAGCGUCAUCAAGGUUCCACCCUUCUGCGACCACUGUAGCAAGAGCAAACGGCAACAGGUGAUGCUACAAAAGUUCGAAGAGCGGCGGCAGAAAGAGGCCGAUUACUUCGAACUCUGGUCGCAGUGCCAACGCUGCCAGGGCAGCUUGCACAACGAGGUAAUCUGCGACAACCGCGAUUGCCCCAUAUUCUACAAGAGGGUACGAACUGGAAAGGUGCUCACUGCUCUGGAGAAUACGUUCCAAUCCCUUCAUCUGGAGUACACGUGA